AUGGAAGCUUCCCAAGGGAUGCGUUGCGCGCUGUGCGGUGCGGGGGCGGACGUGCACUGCGCCGCCGACGCGGCGUUCCUCUGCGUCCCGUGCGACGCCCAGGUGCACGGCGCCAACUUCCUCGCCUCGCGCCACCGCCGCACGCGCGUGUCGGCGCCUAACAAAGGCCGCCACGACGACGACGACGACGCGUCCGGGACGACGUCCUCCAGCUCCUGCGUCUCCACGGCCGACUCCGCGACGACGACGUCGAUGGCGCCAAAGCAGCGGGGGCGGAAGCCCAGGCGGGCUCACCGCGGGCGGGGCGAGGUGGUUCUUGAGGUCUGGGCCAAGCGGACGGGCAUCGUCGCGCCGGGUGCGGCGCGGCGUGUCGCCGCGGCGCCACGCGUGCCGCUGCGGGUCGCCAUGGCGGCCGCGCUGUGGCGUUACAUCGCGACGCACGGCGUCCACGAGGCCGGCCGCCGGCGGCGACGCCCUCGGGCAGCUGAGGUCUGCGCUCGCGUGCCGGCGAGGCUCCUCGUCGCGGUGGCGUCGUCCAUGGGGAGCGCGCGUGUGAAGCGAGCGGCCGCCCUGGGCAACGAGGAAGGCUGGGGCGAGUGCUCCUCAGCUCAGAUCAGGCCGCACUUGUUCCACUGA